AUGGGCAUUGCUAUCACUGCCAUCACGGGCAGUGAAUCGGCCGUUGAGAGAAUCGGAAUGGGCCACUGCGGAUCCGUCUGGGCCAGUAAAUCCAGCAUCGCCCUCAAACGUGAGGAUGGCGGCCCGGGCCGGUCCCUAGUCAAUGAACAUGACGUCCACCGCACACUCCUCCGAGCAGCGAUCGGUGCUCGCCAGCUAUCAUCAUCCUCGGCACAGAGCCAUCAGAUCAACAUCCCGCUCUGUCCGGCUUUCUCACCGCCGACGACGCCGCGGUUUGGUCUGCGCAUCCCUCCAAUGCCAGAGCCUGCUCGCCGCCUCCUCGUCGAGAAGUACUGCCCCGAGCCUAUACGCGAAAGCAUACUCGCCGACCCCAAGAAUGAAGACUGCAUCAUCCGCGCCUAUCUCGGCCGCCGUCGCUUUCGGCCCCGGGCUGCGUCGCGCUUCGCGGCUUUCAGUCUGAGAGAUUACCCUCUCCACGUAGACCAGAUGGAGGAUCUCGGGCUUGACUUGCCGGCUCCCGCGGCUGCCAUGGCACAGGCUUUGGCGUUUAUGCGCUGGAGGGCUCGAGUGGAUGCGAAUGAUGUCGAGUUCGUGCUCGCACCCGCUCGGGGCCUGGGCGAGGGUGCGACAUUUGCUCCCGGUGGAAAAGUGUUUGACCAAGGCUUGCUGGGGAGCCAUGUUCUGUGGGUGUUAGAUUUUGAUUGCUGUCGGAAACUUUCGAUGGACGAGGAGGGCGUUGCGCAUGCUUUCGUUAAGUUUUACAGGAACAAUCCGUUUUAUCCGAGACCGGGGACAGGAUUGGAGGCGGAUGAGAGGCACUGGGAGUUGUUUCGGGAGGCGUACCUCGAGACUAGCGACCUGUUACUGACGGAAGAGGAGGAGAGGGUGCAGAAGCUGCCAUGA